CACCCUAGGUAUUGUUUAAAACUCAAACUAUGAUUUAGUAGCGUCAAUUUGGAGGGUUUUGCUUUUAUUUCCUCUGCAGGCGGGAGGAUGGUUUUCCAACUAAUUCUGCCAUUGUAGGCUACUCAAACGUGGUGACUGCCUUCAAAGGGAAAGAGACUCUUGACGGGAACGAGGACGAUACGAUUAAGCUUGUGCCAUUUGAGCAGUGGCAUGAAAAUGUGGCGGAAAACAAGGAAAAAGACAAGCAGUCAAACUCCAGGAGCCAAACCACAUGGAUCCUUCUGGUUCUGUUCAUCAUCCAGAUUGUGGGCUUGGCCACGACCAUCUUCGUUUUUACAAGGGCGAAGCCCGACCUGCCGGCUGCUGUCACCCACUGUUGUGCACCUGGAUGGAUCAUGAGCCAAGGGAACUGCUAUCAGGUCAUGGAACUGGAAGGGGACUGGGGUGCCGGCCAGCACCACUGCUCCUCGCUUGGUGCCUCCCUGGCUGUGAUUGGAAACUUAGAGAAACUGAACGUUGCCGUGCACGACAAAGGCCCCCUGAACCACUGGGUCGGCCUCCUCCGAGAAACAGAAGAGAGCUGGAAAUGGCAAGACGGGACCGUCUUCAACAACCGCUUUGAAGUGGAAGGAGGUGAACGCUGCGCUUAUCUGAGCGAUGGGGUCGUGAGCAGCGCCGACUGUUCAGUCAAGAAGAAAUGGCUAUGCAGCCAGAAAGUGAAAAGAAGAGAUGGGAGCCAUGGUGAAUGCAGAGCGACGUGAAAUGCCAAGGCUGACAGUGUAUCGAAGGAACUUUUGGUGCUUCCCCGUGUUGCUAGCUGCCACUC